ACACAGAUGGGGAUAAUGUGCAGAUUUGUCGACAACCAGCAGGUCGCAAAGCAGCUGAAACACGUCAUCCGAAUGGUGCAAGGAACAUUGCGUGCCUUCUUGUUUUAUCAGGUAAAACGCCUUCGCUACCUCGUGGUUACAAAAUGGCUCAAUUUUUUACAAAGUGCUGGCAGAAGCGGAAGCGGUGUGCUCGAAACAGCUGCUGAGAGCAGUCAUAAAGGAACGCGCACUGGCGAAGUGCAGCAGCUGCUGUUUCACAAUUUGUUCCGCGAGCACCUUUGAUGCAGAAAGCAUCACGCGGCAUUCAGUUCAUGUCGCUUUGCACGUUCCCGGUGCCAUGUCCAGAAGACCUCGCAGGGUUGUGUUUCUCUUGUGCCUAAUAGGACUAUUUCCAGCCGCAGUGUUUUUCAGUGCCAUCCAUUUCAAAUGGUCACAAGAAACGAAGUAUUCGAAGCCUAUCAGCGCAGUGCUCACUGACGGGGCAGAUAAAAUCAGUCGUAAUACAGUCGCGGGCCGUGCGAAGGCCGGUAUCAGCAAACCACCGAACACACCGACAACGGACGUCGCUGCGAACGCGGUGACCAUGAAUUCCAAAGAUUCACUCGGAUGCUUUCCGGAGGGAACGGCUCCUGGCUUCUCGACGACCAUGUGCGUUUGUCGCAAGGGUUGGAACGGUGCCGAGUGUUCCAUUCCUGACGCCGUGUGGAACACAGAGAUGUUCCGAGUUUGGUACUCCAAAGGACGUAUCACGCGCCGCUCGAAACCGCGUGCCAUCAUCAACGGUUUCGUGUUCAACCACGAACUAAGCCUACUGGAAAUCCGUAUCAACGAGCUUGGCGACGCGGUCGACCACUACAUUGUGUGCGAGUCCAACUACACUUUCUUUGGGACACCGAAACCACUUCACCUGCGGUCCAACCUAAGCGCCGGAUUUCUGCGUGAGCAUGCGCACAAGAUCAUCCUGCUAAAUAUAGGUGUUUACAACUACGGCGACGGCGACCCGUGGGCACCCGAGAAUUACUUCCGCAGGUCCAUAUGGCUUGAAGGCCAGGGCCAUCUGAAGAACCUCCACGACGACGACUUAUUCAUGAUAGCAGACGCCGACGAAAUACCAACCCGCGACGUCUUGCUCUUCCUGAAGCACCACGACGGGUACGGCGAGCCGGUGCGUGUCAGUCUGCGCUGGUUCCUUUACGGCUUCUACUGGGAGAACGCGAGACCGGUUGAGGUCGGUGGCGCCUGCACGGUGGCGUUCUUGCGCUACGUGUAUGACAAUGACACCCUCAGACUUCGCAUAGCAGACGCUUACAUCUCUAAGCGCCUUCCCUACACGGGAACGUCCCAGGGUCACUGGACCAUCACGGGAACGUGGCCUCGUUACGCUGGCUGGCAUUGCUCGUGGUGCUUUGACGUUCACGGCAUUCAGGUGAAGCUCACCGCGGCGCAAAGAGACGACGGCAUCCGGUGGGGCGAUUUUGCUCAAAAACGAGACAGAGAGUACAUACAUGGGCUCCGCAAGAGCGGGCGUUAUUUUGAUGACAGCCCACCCUUGAAAAGUUGUGACGCUAACGAAGCAGCUCCGGCAUACGUUAGAAAUAAUGCGGACCGCUUUCCCUACUUAAUGGUCGCCUAGCAAUCAAAAUCUCCGGGGGGAUGCACAUGUAAAUAGAAAUUGAAAAUUUCCGCAACGCAUUCAUUCCAGUCAUUCAUGUAUUUAUAUUCCUGAAAUGAUUGUCUUUCAACGUUCAAUCUCUUCCAGCACUUCGGAGCACAGAAGGAAAAGAGACAUUCAGAGAAAGCUGUCAGAAAUCGAUGUAAAUGACGAAACUAACGUGCGGUACUUCACGUAUGGUGGAGGAGGGAGGGGCUUGGUGAAGUAUUAAUAAAAUAUAGCUAUUGUGAAUUGCUAAGGCAUCGUCUACCCCACAUACGUUUUAUAUUUCUUGGAACUGAAACGUAACUUUGUAUGCUGAGUUUAAGCCAGUCGUUUUUAUCACAUCUGUACGCGCAAGCGCCUCAGUGCAAAUAAAAGAAUAGAAACGCA